AUGGCUCUCGGCGUGGCACCCUCUUUGCCACCAACUACAAUUCAUCGACAUCCCGAACGUCUUAAGCGAUGGGCUGCGAUUAACGAAAUGAUUCGACAGAAGAAUCAAGAAGGAAACGAGAAGACGAGCACUCGAGACACCAACAAGAAGCGAAAGAACAGAGAUAUCGAUAGCUCGAUGCCGUAUUCAAGCCUGUCGUGGACCGAUCUUGAACCGAUUCUGUCAAUGGAGGACUUUAAUCUCGAAGCGAGUGCUGUUCCUCAAAAAGUUGUGGAAGAGCUACGUGAUCGGCUUAUGCAAGUACGUAAACUGUAUGGGGAUGUUUACUCGGGAAAGGAAGCCAAGCGUCAAGUCUUUAUUAUGGCUAUUAUUGAAGCUGUAUGCCUUAUGCUUGGUGAUGCCACGAUUCUUGUUGAAGAGGAUGUGAAAGGAAAGAACGUACAUGUGCACGGUCGCUUCGAGUUUGUGCUGAAGCGUGGCAAGAAGCGUGUAUCCAUCGUCGAAGCAAAACGCGAUGAUAUCCCGCAAGGUAUUGCCCAGAAUGUGGCCGGCCUCGAAGCUUUGUCUGACGUGGAGGGAUUAGAGCGGACACUUGGUAUUGUUACCAACUAUCUGGAGUGGGUAUUCAUCAGCGAUGACGAUGAGAAAAUUCGACGGAUGAAUACAACGCUCAAAGUCUAUGGAGCGGUGCCUUCAACUAAAGAACUUAGGGAAAUUGUCGGCAUGAUUUGUGGUUUGCUCGCGAAUAGCACUUAA